AGACAUUUCUGUUGCGUCGUGUGUUUGUCAACCCGUCGUUCCACUUCAGCUCGGUGUCACGUUGCAGUAGACGCGCGUCAAAGGAAACGCUUGCUAACGUUAGCCACGUCCUCACCAAACUCCAAAGAAAUAUCAGACCAUUUACCCGUGUCCUGCCAGGGGUAACGCUAACCAGUUUCUACCUCGGCGGCGGAUCGUAGCCUGUGGUCAGCUUUUUUGAACCGAGUGUGGCGUGGAUGUGUCCGACAUACCGCCGAUUGCGCCCGUUAUUUAUUAUUUGUUCCACAGUUCUCACUCAUUCAGAGAGCCGGUACAAUGAGGCUGGUCAUCCUGGACGACUAUGAUCUGGCCAGUGAGUGGGCAGCGAAAUACAUCCGCAACAGGAUCGUCCAGUUCCGGCCCUCCGCAGACAGAUGCUUCACCCUGGGGCUGCCUACAGGUCUCCCACGUGCUCAUCCAGAGAGCUACCACUCCUACAUGUGGAACAACUUCUUCAAGCACAUCGACAUCGAUCCAGCCAACGCUCACAUUCUGGAUGGAAACGCAGACGACCUGGAGGUCGAGUGUCAGGCCUUCGAGCAGAAGAUCGCAGAGGCCGGAGGAAUUGAGUUGUUCGUAGGAGGAAUCGGCCCUGAUGGUCACAUUGCGUUCAAUGAGCCAGGAUCCAGCCUAGUUUCAAGGACCAGAGUAAAGACCCUGGCUAAGGACACCAUUGUGGCGAACGCACGUUUCUUUGGUAACAACCUCUCCAAGGUUCCCACCAUGGCUCUCACUGUGGGAGUAGGAACUGUCAUGGAAGCCAAAGAGGUGAUGAUUCUGAUCACAGGAGCACACAAAGCCUUUGCUCUGUAUAAAGCCAUAGAAGAGGGAGUCAACCACAUGUGGACAGUAUCAGCCUUCCAGCAGCACCCACGUACCAUCUUUGUCUGUGACGAAGACGCCACGCUGGAGCUGCGGGUCAAAACUGUGAAGUACUUCAAAGGUUUAAUGCAUGUUCAUAAUAAGCUGGUGGACCCGGUGCUGAGUGUAAAGGACCAAUGAAAGAGAGAUCACCACGGAAGGAUAGUGAAGAUCCCUGGAUCCAACAUUUGUGGACAGCAUUAUUUCUCUGGUACUGUUCUAUACCUGAGGAACUGCUGAGCCACUUAUUGAGUCACUGCUCUGACUAUGUUCAUUGUUUAUUCCUAGACUGAAAUGGCCUUUGGCUAAUGUUAGCUUCAGACUGUUUCACAUCCUCAUUGAGCAGGGAAAGGAUCCGGACUGUUGUGAUAUGUUAGUGGAGCAUUUCCCUCUUAUGGUCUUUAGCAGUUUGUGCUUAAAGGCAGCCAGAUUGUUCCAGUGGGUCACGACUUGAACAACUGUCGUCGUCAGAAUUGGUUUUGCAUGCUUUGGACUGUUUCCAGUAUGUUUCCAGUGUAAUAAUCAACAACGGCGUAUUAGGGCCAUUGUAGGAACAAAAAACAAAAAAAAAUAAUUUAGCAAGAAAAAAAACAUGGAUAUUCUCUGAGAAUCAAGUGGUAAACUUACGAGAAAAAAUACCAAAUUUACAACAUCAAAAAGUCGCAUAUCUGCGAGAAAAAAGGCAGAGAAAUAAUGUUUUGUUUUUCAAGGAACUACAUCUCUUUAGGAUCACCACAGGCGCUGCCACAUGCAGUGUAUCAAGCACAAACACUUCAUGUGGCUUCAUUGUUUUAUACAACUAAUCCAUCCAUAGUCUACCGCUUAAUACACUUAAGGGUCGCGGAGGGGCUGGAGCCAAUCCCAGCUGACAUUGGGCGAGAGGCGGGGUACACCCUGGACUGGUCGCCAGCCUAUCGCAAAACCCAGGACCUUCUUGCUGUGAGGUGACAGCGCUAACACAUUUUCAGAAAGCUCAGUGCACGGGGGCUUGACAUUUCCCUGAGUUACUGUCAAUAAAAUAAAUCAUAUUCCUGACAUCAAAAUAAGUUUAAAAAGAACGAAGAACGCAUCCAAGGUCCGAUGACAUCAUUGCAUAAUAAUAAGCCAUGUAGAUGUACCUUUGGUAGAGACAUUUAGACAGAGUAGAUUGAAAUAUCGCAUUUCUACAAAGUAUAAUUUGAUUAGGUCAUACACAGCAGACAUAGUACACGGCAAGCUUUUCUUGUAUUUUUGUGAGUUUUUUCUCGGAAAUUUACCACUUUAAUCUCAGAGAGUAUCAGAGGUUUUUUUCUCGCAAAUGUACAACUUUAAUGUCAGAAAGUGUUUUUUUCUGGAAAUAUUACCCCAGGUUUCAUUUUUUUUUUCUACAAAUACGCCGUCAUAAACAAUCAGAGUUUUUUUACUCAUCUUUUUUGUUUGGCCACAUUAUUCCUUCCUUGUUUUUUUUUUCCUUUUUCUGAUGUCGUUUUUUGUUUAGUGUUUUUAAAAAUAUACUCUUAUUUUCUGAUGACAGUAAAAACUUUUCUAAGAACCCUUUUGCUCCAUAGCUCUCAUCUUUUAUGAAAUAAACAUACAACAUCCUUUCUUCUGAAAAUGUUUGUGAUGCAUUUCCUUUGUUUUCCACAGUGGGGCAGUCACACCUAAGAUUAGAUUGUACUUCAGAACAGAAGUGGGGAGGGGCUCUAUAUUUCAAACACUUUUUUAAAAAAAAUUAAUGAUUAUACUACACAGGAAAACAACCACAUCAAUUAAUUAGCCAACCAUAGUCUUGAGUUUUUGACAGAGCAGGUGAGGGUUAAUUGCCUUGCUUAAAGGCUUUUUUGUAUUUGAUUAUUUUCAAAAGGUUAUUUCAUGCAUGCAGCAGCCAGCGGUUUGUAAUUAUUGUUUUUUUUUUAAGUAAAUGCCUUUAGCUGUACAUUUGAUGAAGAUGCAACAAUUGAGAAUGUAAAGUCUUAGUUUUGAAAUUUCGCCCCACACUGGGGUAGUCUGAAAAAGUCUCUACUCAGUGAAUAGUCAGACUGUCACAACCAGUUUCCUGUAGCCUACUGUGCUUUAAAGGGGCAGUAAGUGAAUUUAAUCCAAUACACUUUUUGUAAAAAUCUGCGAAUAUUUCCUCACGGCACACAAGCUGUCGGUUCUGUCUCCUUUCUCAAAAAUGUAUAUGACUUUUCGGUGCAGUCACCGGGUCGGCUACUGGCUGUAGGGAUCAUGCACGUAAUUUGAGUGUGUUGUGAAUUUCUGUAUUCUGGUUAGUCUGUAGGGUUUUAUGUCAGUUUUAUUUGUCAACUUUUCGAUGAAGGCUUAAUUUCGAAGUGGGAAAGACAUUUUGAAAUAGACAGAAUAGCUCGUUGCUGCUCCAUUAGAACAUAUACAAUAUAAAAAAAUGUAAGCCCUAGUGUCUUGAAAACACAUCCCAUGUCUUUUUAUUUACUUUCACCACUUUUCUGUAUUGUGUUGAUAAAGAUGUUUUUUGAA